CGCGCAGGAGGACCAGGGAGGGUAUGAAGCAGUCUGGAGGGCUGUCGUACAGCGGCAAGGGCCAGGAGCGCGAGGCUCAGAGUUCAUCAGUCGCGGCGGACGACGACGACGGAGCGGCCAUGCUGCGUUGCGGGGUCGCGCUCGUGGUCGCGUCGGCGUCGUGUUUCGCUCUCGGCCUGUGGAGCAUGCUCGUCGGUCCUCUGUGCGGCCCGACCGGGAUCACGGUUCUCGACGCGCUCGUGCACGACACGCACUACAAGUACCUCGUUGUGCUCCUCGUGCCCGUUACCGUGUGCUUCGUCAUCGUCAACUGGUGGGGGCUCAAGAUCUUCCGCCACGCCUGACGUCUUUGCGACUUUCCUCAUCCCGACCUUUUGCGCAACUUGCGCAGACCGUUCGCGGCGCGCCGGUCGAGGCGCGGCGCCAGCAGGUCUUCUUCCGCCGCACGGCCCCAUCUCGCCUCGAGAUGCCGUCAAGGACCGCUUCAUCGUCCAUCAAGCUCGGCGCAGCAGCUCUCGACACGAUCCUCAGGCCCAGCCGCCAUCCCGCCGCACCUCGUCGCCGCCCACUCUCUCUCUCUCUCCGUGUGGUUCAGGCUCUCUGCGACAGACGAGGAGUGCGAGUAGACCGAGAAGUACGAGUUGCAUGCAAGUGCUAGAGCUGCCGAGCGUGCGAGUGACAGAGAGAGAGAGAGAGAGAGAGGGAGAGGGGGCCUAGAGAGGGAGAGAGCUGUAUCGAGAGACGAGACCUGUAUGGCGGAGAAGGGGCACGACGAAGGAGACAGAGAGACGACUGAAAGCGAAUGCGCGAGAAGGGGGUGACUAGGGGUGAAAGAGGAGGGACGAAACACGAAAGGAGAGAGAGAGGGAGGAGGGAUGAGGAAGACCUUUUGGUGGCGCCGACGACGACGCCGACGACGACGGUGGCGCUCAGCCCUGGUAGUGGCCCUGGUGCUGCUGCUGCUGCAUGCUCUCCA